GAUUCGCAUUAUCCUAUCAAUUGACCACUCGAUGACAACUACUACAAUAACCCGACGAGGAUUUGACGUCAAGUUACGAGGGACAAAAGCAUCGACCAAGUUUUCGAAUUUGAUAACUCACGAGCGGCCGAAGCGAUCAGUUAAACGUCAAGUGUCAAAUCGCCAAUUGUAAGUGGAGCUGAACAUUGAAGGCUGUGAACUCCCAAGAGCUUGGACAACAGAAUGUCCCCAAAGGAAUCGGUUCAGACCGAUCAUGGAGGGAACAGCGGCAAGUGGUGGUCGUGUUUCGUACCGAACAUGACAAUGCUUCCUCUAAAAUUGGUGAUAUUUUUCUUUUCGUCGUCGGCAUUCUCCAUUCUACCCUAUUUGACCAUUCACAUGAAGGAUAUCGGCAUCAGUGUGGAAAACAUUGCCAUUAUCUAUGCCGUGCUUCCAUUCACCAGCUUGAUUUCUUCCCCAUUAGUUGGAUUCUUGGCAGACAAACUUGGCAGUUACACCAAAGUUAUCAUGAUGUCCGUGACAGGAGAUGCCAUUCUCUUUAGUUUAUUGCUCCUUAUUCCCAAAGUCAAGUACAUGACUCAAGCUUCGCCCGGCUUGAACUUCACCAUGACCCUCGACCAUGCUUAUUUAAAAUGGCAACCGUGUCCGAAUGGGGCUGAGCGAAUGCUUCAUGUGGAUAAUGGGCUUUUAUUGGAUAAAUUGGACCUGGCAGUGUGUCUUCUACAAUGUCCGUAUUCCGAUGCUUCCAACGCUUGUGAGGUGUUGUCCAAUGGUCUGGAGUUUUGCUCCAAAGACUCGGAAAUGUUGAGCUUAGGCAAUGUAUCAUUCCAAAAUGUGGAGCCUGCAGAGGCUCAUGUCUUAUUCGAUCUGGAGCAUUCCAAUCAAACGCUGGAAUUGACCUUGGGUUGCAACCUGAACUGUCGGGUUCCGGAUUCCAUGAGUUUGGUCCAAUGCUCCCAUGUGGAGGGCAAUCCGGUUCUGACCAACGUUUUGUACUUCAUUCUCCGAGGCUUGGCUAAUAUUUGCCUGGGAUGCAAUUUCCUUCUCAUUGACGCACAAACCAUUCAAAUGUGCAAGCGUGAAGAGGCGUUGGGACGAUCCGGCGAGAUCGGCCGACAGUACGUGUAUUCGGCCAUUGCUCAAGCGGCCAUUUCACCCGUGGUGGGCAAGCUCAUGGACUAUGUCUCGUCAUUCUCGCCCACCAACGAGCCCAACUAUAUUGUGCCCUUUGCCGGCAAUGUCUUGUUCCUGACCUUGACUUUGCUGAUGGUCUGCAAGAUCCAAUUGGACAUUGACCUACCCAAGUCCACGUCAAUUCGUGGGUUGGGCAAGGUCUUUUCCAACGUGGAUAUUCUUGUGUUUCUGGCUUUGACUUUGGUCACCGGGGCUUGCUGGGGGUUUGUGGAGACGUUUCUCUUUAUGUACCUCAAAGAUGAUAUGGGAGCCCCCAUGUACAUCUUGGGCCUCACCAUUACCGUGGGUGCCUUGGUGUCGAUUCCCUUUCUUAUCGGGGCGGAUUGGAUCGUCAAAAAGGUUGGGCGGGCCAAUAUGUUCAUCGCCACAUUGUUCAUUUAUGCCAUUCGCUACCUCGGAUACUCGUACAUCACAAAUCCUUGGAUGUCAUUUCCUUUUGAAGGCUUGGAAGUGUUCACCAACACUCUAUUUCGGGUGGCAAGCAUCCGAUACAUUGGCGAAAUUGCCCCCAAGGGAUUAUUGGCCACCUUAAAUGGGUUGGUGGGUGGCCUACAUUACGGAAUGGGCAAAGGCAUGGGGUCACUUCUGGGAGGGGCCAUUAUUGCCUCAAGCGGAAGCACGGCUUUUGCCUUCCGGUUAUUUGGUAUUGCCUCGGCCAUUUUCGGUGUCAUGUAUGUCGUCUAUGAAUAUUGCAUUCGACGGUGUUGUAAAUUGACCUCUUUAGAAGGACCAAGUGACGUGGAUGAAGAACAAACGGAAAAAGUCUUUCUUCCCGAAACGCAAGGGUUCUUGGCCGAGCAGAACUUCAAACUUGGAUCUGUGACAAGUAUCGAUAAAUCUGGUCUGAAGGCCAUGAUUUCAUCCGACGAGACGCGCGUUUGAUGCACUUUGGUUUGAGAGGACACGGGUUGUUAGAAUGCUGUUGCAUUUGUUUUCACAUGAAAUGAUGAAUCUAUAAUUGCUGUUUGUGUAAGAAUAUACUGUACAUAACAAGAA